CGCGGGGGGCGGGGAGGGGGCCCCGGCGGAUAAAGAUGGCAAUGUCUCUCAUCCAAGCGUGCCGCAGUCUGGCUCUCUCAACAUGGCUGCUUUCCUUUUGUUUCGUGCAUCUGCUCUGCCUGGACUUUACCGUGGCUGAGAAGGAGGAAUGGUACACCGCCUUCGUGAACAUCACCUACGCGGAGCCCGCGCCGGACCCCGGGCCCGGAGUGGCGGGCGGCGGCGGCACCGAGCUGCACACCGAGAAGACUGAGUGCGGGCGCUACGGGGAGCACUCGCCCAAGCAGGACGCGCGCGGGGAGGUGGUCAUGGCUAGCUCGGCCCACGACCGCCUCGCCUGCGACCCCAACACCAAGUUCGCCGCCCCGGCCCACGGCAAGAACUGGAUAGCCCUCAUCCCCAAGGGCAACUGCACGUACAAGGAUAAGAUCCGGAACGCCUUCCUGCAGAACGCCUCCGCGGUGGUCAUCUUUAACGUGGGCUCCAACACCAACGAGACCAUCACCAUGUCCCAUGCAGGUGUUGAAGACAUCGUGGCAAUAAUGAUUCCUGAACCAAAAGGGAAGGAGAUAGUAAGCCUUCUGGAAAGGAACAUCACUGUGACAAUGUACAUCACCAUUGGAACCCGGAACUUGCAGAAAUACGUGAGCCGCACUUCGGUUGUGUUUGUCUCCAUCUCCUUCAUUGUCCUGAUGAUCAUAUCCCUCGCGUGGCUGGUCUUUUAUUAUAUCCAGAGGUUUCGAUAUGCAAAUGCCAGGGACAGGAACCAGCGCCGACUGGGAGAUGCAGCAAAGAAAGCGAUCAGCAAGCUCCAGGUCAGAACCAUCAAGAAGGGCGACAAGGAAACAGAGCCCGAUUUUGAUAACUGUGCAGUUUGCAUUGAAGGGUACAAGCCCAACGACGUUGUACGGAUCUUGCCCUGCCGGCAUCUUUUCCACAAGUCCUGUGUUGACCCCUGGCUUCUAGACCAUCGCACCUGCCCCAUGUGCAAGAUGAACAUUCUUAAAGCCCUAGGGAUCCCGCCCAAUGCUGACUGCAUGGACGACUUGCCCACUGACUUCGAGGGAUCUCUGGGAGGCCCACCCACCAACCAGAUCACGGGCGCAAGCGACACGACUGUAAACGAAAGUUCAGUCACUUUGGACCCUGCUGUCCGGACGGUGGGAGCCUUGCAGGUGGUCCCGGAUACCGAUCCUACCCCGCAGGAAGGAGAAGUCAUCUUCACUACUAACAGCGAGCAGGAGCCAGCUGUAAGCAGUGAUUCUGACAUCUCGCUGAUUAUGGCAAUGGAAGUUGGACUGUCUGAUGUAGAACUUUCCACUGACCAAGACUGCGAAGAGGUGAAGUCUUGAAAUGAUAGACGUAGAACAAGGGGAUGGUAGGACCCAAGGGGAAGGAAGGGAGGAGCCUCAAGACUUGGACCAGGCAGACACCCCUCCAGAACACCUUGGUAGCUCCACUGUGCGCCACUCAAGAAUGGUAACGAGAGCAAUAUCCAAAGUCACGUCAAUCAGGAUGCCGUUUCUCCGUCUGUGCAACAGCCCAUGGCCUUGGCAGCUUGGAAGAUGAAAGCUGAUUUUUCCUCCCGUGUCCUUGCAGACACACACUUCAGGAGCUCCCAAAACACACAGAAAGGACACAUGUAGGGCUUCUUAGUUUCAUUUCCAUUUUUUUCCAGGUCUUGUUUUACUGGUUUUGGAAUGUUGUGGGAUUUCUUUGACAGUUUCUUUUUAAGACUUGUGUAGUUUACAUUAUGUCCACUCCUUUGGUUUCCUCCAGCUUUUGUAGAGAGUUCUGUUUAGAAGCACCAGUUCCUGCUAUGAUCAGUUCGUACGCCAUCUCUGAGAUUAAUGGCCUUGACCUCUCAGCAUGAAGUGUGCAUGGCUUUGGGAAGUGCCUCAGCACCCUGAAACAGUCUAAGGCCAGCUCUCAUUAAGAAUCCAAAUUCUUUUAAGUGGAUCUUCAAAAUCCUAGCCGCCAGAGACCCCAACCCUGAGCUCUGAAUCCACUGAGGCUACUAUUUGCUAUUUUCAUCUACAUCAUGCUGGCUUCCACUUACCAGGCUCUGUUAACGGCCCACGUGACAUGCGAAGGAAGCUCUAGGGAGGCACUUGAUUCUGCCUGGAUUUCACAGUCUUUGGAGGAAACUCCAAACUCAGAAGUCCCCUUCAGGGCAGCAGCGCCAUUCUUCAUGACUGUAGGGCUUGUAACUGGAACUGCAAGCCUAGUGUUAAGACCAGAUACCACAUACUCUUCCCCAAAGCAAAAUGUCUGUUAUAUUGGUCUCCCCAAGGCUAGAACAGUCUUUUGUUACCUCCACAAGUGGCUCCUGCAGGAGACGGAGGCUUCAGAAGAGAUCCAAUCAUCUUUGAGCCCAGUGUCCAACACAGUGGGGGUUGCAGUAGCACCUAGCCUUUACCUUAAUUCCAACGCACUUCUGUUGCACCUCGCCAGACCUCAAGGAAGGGUUCAGGUGAAUCCUUAGCAGGUAGCUUUCCAGGGCUCCCUGAGUAUAUGUAAAUACCAAUUGAGGAGGGACACGUCACUUGAAAAACCAUUUGAUCUAAAAAGUACAGCAUGGGAAUUUGCUAACCAGGCUUCUCCUGAUGGAGAGAGACAAAGUGGGAAAGGAAAAGAGGUAUCAAAUCAAUACUAAAACCCACCGGUGUUUUUAAACUCUUUAUGUUUUUAUUCUUUUUUUGUAACUAUGACAGAGAUGUGCUAUUUUUUCAGUGGGCAAUUUUGUAAUACGUUUCGACUAUCCAUAUGCAUAGAUGACUAAGGGAGUGAAUGCUUUCCCUGGACAAUCACAGGUCACCUCAUCCUCUGUAAGAAGGCCUGCGGCUGCGUGGGUUACUAAGAAAGAAGCUUUCUUCACUGAGUUAUUUAUGUAUUUGAUGAGGCUUUCUCACCUCAUUACACAAACACUCAUCCAAAAACAGGAAUUUGGUUGUGCCGUGAAUCCCUGCUGCCUGCUGAAACAUAGAGUGUAUGUCAGGGGGACCACUGGUUGCUUUUGUCUCACCAUCUUUAACGAUUUCCUAUUUGAUGCUCUCUAAGUAGGCAGCAAGGCAAGGAAAGUGAUUACCACCUUCAGAAAUGUCACCUCUCCCUGGGCGCCUAACACUUCCUGUAAUGAAAUCUGGUGUCCGUGUGCGAAGGCAGGCAGGGAGGGACGAAGACAGCACUGAAUGGAGCGUCAAGAGUCCUAGAUGAGCCACCUGCUUAUUGGGCCUCAUCUUUUCCAUCUGUGAAAUGAAGGAGUUUAACACGGUGAUGCCCAAGGCUCCUUCUGGCCUUUAGAACACUAAUGAGCUUUUUGCCAGGGGGAUCUGGUUUUUUGAGAUGGCCAUGACAGAUAGCUGACUUCGUUCAGGUUAGGGAGGCACUGACUUGACACGUAACCUGCCCUAAUGGCUUUUGGGACUCAGCAUUCCUGCAUUGCUGAGAAUGAAUAGCUAAAUGAUUGAAGUUUUAAGUCCAAGGAGUGGUUUUGGUUUGCCUUAUGUUAAAGCUGCUGUUAGUCAGAGUUUGUCAUCUCUGGAUACCUUCAAAUCCUAGUUCUCGGUAUGGAAUUCUUCAUCUCAAAGUGUUGCUUUUUCUUGGCCGGCUAGAGCUGCAUCGUGUAUCCUCCUCCAUUCAGCUCGGCCUGAAACACAUUUUGGUAUUAACUUAAGUCAAGUGGAAUUAGAAGGAUAAUUCAACAGCAAAGGAACGAUCUACAUUGUAUUCCAUGCCCAGGAGAGAAAAUGCCUCUUGGAUUGCAUAAUUCUCCCUGUGAGGAGUGUUGUCUCUUCCUGCCAGUGACUGGGUAAAUCAGGAAUCAGGAAUUGGUUGCAUAUGUAUGCUGUGGCUGCAGCAGCCCCUAUAGAAUGCUGCGUAGAUAACGUAGAUAACGUAGAUAACGUGAGGUUCGUGACUUUACCCCAAGGAGGUUCCGCUGCAAAAUCCCUGAGCCUAGGAGGCUCUCCAUUUACCAAAGGUUUGUUUCUGGAGGAUUUUCAUGUGGCUUUGGUAGUCUAAAAAAAAAAAAAAAAUUUUUUUUUUUUUAACCAGCAUAGAAGGGUUUAAAAGAAAUGAAAACCUUCCAUAGCUUCUUCACCACCUCCCCUGCAGAGGAAAUUCUGAGCUUGGAGCCCUCUAGAAGUAUAUGCAGACUUUAUGCGUAUUUAGAGAUGUGCAUUUUUCUGUAGCGAGUGUCCAGACCAGCGCUAUCCAAUAGAAAUAUAAUGCAAGUCACAUAUGUAGACUUUACAUUUUCUACCUGCUACGUUUGAAAAAGUACAAAGGAACAGGUCAAAAUCAUUUUAAUAAUAUAAUCUUUUUGUUCCAACGUGUAAAAA